UCUUCUUCUUCUUCUUCUUCUGAGAUCUUGUGGACGUCUUCAUCUGUGGUCAGGAUGUCGGAAGGGCUGAUGGCAGAGUUCGGCAAAGCGGCGCCAUUCCUUCGUAAAUCGGAACGUGAGCGUCUGGAGGCGCAGACACGCCCCUUCGACAUUAAAACUGAGUGUUUUGUGGUAGAUGAUAAAGUGGAGUAUGUGAAAGCGUUGAUUCAGAGCCGGGAGGCGGGGAUGGUCACCGUGAAAACGGAGUCCGGAGACACUCGGACUGUGAAGGACACGCAGGUUCACCCUCAGAACCCGCCCAAGUUUGAUAAGAUUGAGGACAUGGCCAUGUUCACGUUCCUCCAUGAGCCAGCGGUUCUGUUUAACCUUAAGGAACGCUACGCUGCCUGGAUGAUCUAUACCUACUCUGGCCUGUUCUGCGUCACCGUAAACCCUUACAAAUGGCUGCCAGUGUAUGACGCCGAGGUGGUGGCGGCAUACCGUGGCAAGAAGCGCAGUGAAGCCCCGCCCCACAUUUUCUCCAUCUCUGAUAAUGCAUACCAGUACAUGCUGACGGACCGCGAGAACCAAUCUGUGCUCAUCACUGGAGAAUCCGGUGCCGGGAAAACUGUCAACACCAAACGUGUCAUCCAAUACUUUGCCAGCAUCGCUGCGGUGGGCGGAGCCAGCAAGAAGGAGCAGAACAAGGGCACGUUAGAGGACCAGAUCAUCCAAGCUAACCCUGCCCUCGAGGCCUUUGGGAAUGCCAAAACCGUGCGAAAUGACAACUCGUCUCGCUUCGGGAAGUUCAUCCGGAUCCACUUUGGCACCAGCGGAAAACUUUCGUCCGCCGACAUCGAGACCUACCUCCUGGAGAAGUCCAGAGUCACGUUCCAGCUGAAAGCCGAGAGGAACUACCACAUUUUCUACCAGAUCCUAUCCAACCAGAAACCCGAGCUCCUGGAGCAGCUCCUGGUCACCACAAAUCCGUACGAUUACUCCUACACAUCCCAGGGAGAGGUAACUGUGGCCUCCAUCAACGAUGCUGACGAGCUUCUGGCUACAGACAGCGCCUUCGACGUCCUUGGCUUCACCGCCGAGGAGAAAGCGGCGGUCUACAAACUGACCGGCGCCAUCAUGCACUAUGGCAACAUGAAGUUUAAGCAGAAGCAGCGUGAGGAGCAGGCGGAGCCCGAUGGCACUGAGUCUGCUGAUAAGUCUGCCUUCCUCAUGGGGCUGAACUCGGCUGACCUCAUCAAAGGCCUGUGCCAUCCCCGGGUCAAAGUAGGUAAUGAAUACGUGACCAAAGGCCAGAGUGUGGACCAGGUCUACUACUCCAUCGGAGCGAUGGCCAAGUCUGUCUACGAGAAGAUGUUCAACUGGAUGGUGGUGCGCAUCAACCACAGCCUGGACACAAAGCAACACCGGCAAUACUUCAUCGGGGUGCUUGACAUAGCAGGCUUUGAGAUCUUUGACUACAACACCUUUGAGCAGCUCUGCAUCAACUACACCAACGAGAAGCUGCAGCAGUUCUUCAACCACCAUAUGUUUGUGCUGGAGCAGGAGGAGUACAAGAAGGAAGGCAUAGACUGGGAGUUCAUCGACUUUGGCAUGGACCUACAGGCUUGUAUAGACCUGAUUGAGAAGCCCCUGGGCAUCCUGUCCAUCCUGGAGGAGGAGUGCAUGUUCCCCAAGGCCAGUGACCAGACGUUCAAGGCCAAACUUUAUGACAACCACCUGGGCAAGAACAAGAUGUUUGAGAAGCCACGUGCCUCCAAAGGCAAAGCUGAGGCGCACUUUGCUCUUGUGCACUACGCCGGUACUGUGGACUACAACAUCACCAACUGGCUGGUGAAGAACAAGGACCCUCUGAACGAGACAGUGGUGGGACUGUACCAGAAGUCCUCUCUGAAGCUGCUCAGUCUGCUCUUCUCAAACUAUGCCGGUGCCGAGGGUGGAGACAAAGGUGGGAAAGGCGCCAAAAAGAAGGGCUCCUCUUUCCAAACUGUGUCGGCGCUUCAUAGAGAAAACCUGAACAAGCUAAUGACUAACCUGAAGACUACACACCCACACUUCGUCCGUUGCCUCAUCCCCAACGAGUCCAAGACUCCGGGUGCCAUGGACAACUGCCUGGUGCUGCACCAGCUGCGCUGCAAUGGUGUCCUGGAGGGCAUCCGGAUCUGUCGGAAGGGCUUCCCAAACCGCGUCCUGUAUGGAGACUUCAAACAGCGCUACCGCAUCCUGAAUGCCUCCGCCAUCCCUGAGGGGACCUUUAUGGAUUGUAAGAAGAGCACUGAGAAGCUGCUGGGGUCCCUGGACAUUGACCACACGCAGUACAAGUUUGGACACACAAAGGUGUUCUUUAAGGCGGGGCUCCUGGGGACUCUGGAGGAGAUGAGAGACGAACAAUUAUCACGCAUCAUCACACGUCUCCAGGCCAACGCCCGUGCACUGCUCAUGAGGGAACGCUUCGCCCGCAUGGUGGAACGUCGUGACGCACUCAUGGUCAUCCAGUGGAACCUGCGCUCCUUCCUUGGAGUGAAGAACUGGCCCUGGAUGAAGCUCUUCUUUAAGAUCAAGCCUCUGCUGAAGAGCGCUGAGGCAGAAAAGGAGAUGGCCAACAUGAAGGAUGAGUUCAAGCGCGUGAAGGAGGCCCUGGAGAAGUCUGAGGCACGGCGCAAAGAACUGGAGGAGAAGAUGGUGGGUCUGAUCCAGGAAAAGAACGAUCUGACUCUGCAGAUUCAGUCUGAGCAGGACACACUCUCUGACGCAGAAGAACGCUGCGAGCAGCUCAUCAAGAGCAAGAUCCAACUGGAGUCCAAGCUGAAGGAACUGAGCGAGCGGCUGGAGGACGAGGAGGAGGUGAAUGCCGAUCUCACCUCCAAGAAACGCAAACUGGAAGACGAGUGUGCCGAACUGAAGCGAGACAUCGAUGAUCUGGAGCUGACCUUAGCCAAAGUGGAGAAGGAGAAACACGCCACGGAGAACAAAGUCAAGAACCUGACUGAGGAGAUGGCCGCUCAGGACGAGAACAUCCUCAAGCUGACCAGGGAGAAGAAGGCUCUCCAGGAGGCACAACAGCAGACCCUGGAUGACCUCCAGAGUGAAGAAGACAAGUGCAACGCUCUGAACAAAGCCAAGCUGAAGCUGGAGCAGCAAGUGGAUGACCUAGAGGGCAGUCUGGAGCAGGAGAAGAAGGGACGCAUGGAGGUGGAGAGGAGCCGACGCAAACUGGAGGGAGACCUGAAGCUCCUGCAGGAGAACCUCAUGGACCUGGAGAACGAAAAGCUACAGCUGGAGGAGAGGAGCAAGAAGAAGGAGUUUGAGCUGAGCCAGAUGAGUGACCGCCUGGAGCAAGAGCAGGCAGCCGGAACACAACUCAGCAAGAGGCUCAAGGAGAGCCAGGCACGUCUGGAGGAGCUGGAGGAGGAGUUGGAGGCUGAGCGUUCUGCUCGGGCCAAAGUGGAGAAGCAGCGUUCCGACCUGAGCCGGGAGCUAGAGGAUCUGAGCGAGCGUCUGGAGCAGGCGGGAGGAGCCACCAGUGCUCAGCUCGAGAUGAACAAGAAACGAGAUGCAGAAUUCCAGAAGCUCCGGAGAGAGCUGGAAGAGGUCACGCUCCAGCACGAAUCCACCAGCGCCACCCUCAGGAAGAAGCAUGCAGACGCUGUGGCCGAGCUGGGAGAGCAGAUCGACAACCUGCAGAGAGUGAAGCAGAAGCUGGAGAAGGAGAAGGCGGAGCUGCGUGUGGAGCUGGAGGAUGUGAACUCAAACUUGGAGGUGGUGCUGCGUGCUAAAGCAAAUGCGGAGAAGACGGCACGCGCUAACGAGGACGCUGCUAACGAGCUGCGCAGCCGAUUGGAUGAGAGCCAGAGGGCACUGUCCGACGCCCAGAGCGCCAACGCCAAACUCAGCACCGAAAACCUGGAACUACAGCGAGAACGAGAGGAGCGAGAAGGUCUCCUGAGCCAGACGAGCCGUGCCAAAAACUCCUACAGCCAACAGAUUGAGGAGUUGCGAGGGCAGGUGGAGGAGGAGUCCAAAGCGAAGGUGUCCCUGGCUCAUGCAGUGCAGUCAGCACGACACGACUGUGACCUCCUCCGAGAGCAACUAGAGGAGGAACAGGAGGCACGAGCACAACUCCAACGACUCCUCUCCAAAAGCAACGCAGAUGCACAACAAUGGAGGAGCCGCUACGAGACCGAGGGACUGCAGAGGAGCGAGGAGCUGGAAGAGGCCAAGAAGAAACUUGUCCAAAGACUACAGGAGGCAGAGGAGGCGGUGGAGGCGGCUAACGCUAAGUCCUGUUCCCUGGAGAAGACCAAAGUCCGUCUCCAGACUGAGAUCGAGGACCUGAUGGUGGAUCUGGAACGCUCCAACGCUGCUGCCGCCGCGCUGGACAAGAAGCAGCGCAGCUUCGACAAGAUCCUGUGUGAGUGGAAGCAGAAGCUGGAGGAGGCACAGUGUGAGUUGGAGGCAUCUCAGAAGGAGUCACGUUCUCUGAGCACAGAGCUCUUCAAACUGAAGAACUCAUACGAGGAGGCUCUGGACCAUCUGGAGACCAUGAAGAGGGAGAACAAGAAUCUCCAGGAGGAGGUGUCAGAACUCACGGAGCGCUUGGGCGAAGGUGGACGCAGUGCACAUGAGCUGGACAAACUAAGGAGAGCUCUGCUACAGGAGAAGCAAGAUCUCCAGAGCGCUCUGGAGGAGGCCGAGGCCACACUGGAGCAUGAGGAGACCAAGAUCCUCCGUCUGCAGCUGGACUCCAGCCAAACCCGAGCAGAUCUGGAAAGGAAGAUCUCUGAGAAGGACCAGGAGAUGGAUCAGGCCAAACGCAACCACCAGAGGGCACUGGAGUCUCUUCAGACUGCUCUGGAGGCUGAGACACGCAGCCGCAAUGAGGCUCUGAGGGUAAAAAAGAAGAUGGAGGCGGACCUAAAUGAGAUGGAGCUGCAGCUCAACCAAUCGACACGUGGCGUUGUGGAGGCGCAGCGGCAGCUCAAAGCCCUCCAGGGGGCACUAUCUGACACUCAGCUGCUUCUGGAUGAAGCACGACAUGAGGCCGAAGGUCAGAAGGAGAAUGCGGGUCUGAGCGAGAGGAAGAACGUUCUCCUUCAGGCCGAGCUGGAGGAGCUCCGAGCUGCACUUGAACAAACUGAACGCUGUCGCAAACUUGCCGAACAGGAGCUGAGUGACGCCACCGAGAGAACGCAGCUUCUACACACCCAGAACACCUCCCUCAUACACCAGAAGAAGAAGGCCGAAGCCGAUCUGAGUGCGCUCCAAAGUGAGCUGGAGGAGGCGCUCCAAGAGAACAGGAACGCUGAGGACAAGGCCCGGAAAGCCAUGACAGAUGCCGCCAUGAUGGCCGAGGAGCUGAAGAAGGAGCAAGACCUGAGCGCCCACCUCGAGAGGAUGAAGAAGAACAUGGAGGCUACCAUCAGAGACCUGCAGCUGCGCCUAGACGAGGCAGAGCAAAGCGCUUCCAAAGGGGGACGAAAGCAACUGCAGCGGCUGGAAACGCGCCUAAGGGACCUGGAGGCGGAGCUAGAGGCAGAGCAGAAGAGAGGGGCAGAGUCUGUGAAGGGAAUCAGGAAAUACGAGCGGAGAAUCAAAGAGCUGACCUAUCAGAGUGAAGAGGAGCGCAAGAACACGGCAAGACUGCAGGACUUGGUGGAGAAGCUGCAGCUGAAACUCAAGUCGUACAAACGUUCUCUGGAGGAGGCGGAGCUUGAGGCCAACACCAGCGCUGCCAAACAGCGCCACCUACAGCACGAGCUGGAGCAGGCUGAAGAGCGUGCCGAGAUAGCAGAGAGCCAAGUCAACAAGCUGAGGGCGAAGACCCGAGACCGGGGCCUGGACCAGGACUAGCCCAGGACUGGGGAGAGACCUGAUCAGGUCUCUGGAGUUGAACAGCGGCUCCUGUGUGCUGUUGUGUUUCUUCUUUUCUGCU